AAGGCACCAUUACCUUGUAUCUUACGUUGUGGCCCCGUAGAAGCAGUUUUUUGUAAAAUUAGGCUAACGAUUGCGUCAUAACCUGCGACUCUCUGUAGCACAGUAGAGAAAUUACCGUAGAGACAGGAGGAGAAGCUCGCAGGCAAUCUUUUACUGUCUAUGAGGCUAUCAGGGGGACGUGGAGGCAUAAAGUCAAGGGAGAAGCCCAUAGAGAGUCCAUAGAAGCAACGGGACAAAAUUAUUCAACAACGUCUGCAAGAUUCGGUGGGUGAGAUUCAGAUUUCUCUUGGCACAGCGAUUAGAAGACUUAAAGGUUGCUCACGUCACAUUUACGCCAUGAAGCUCAGUUUGAGUCUGAGCAGUACGCUUGACCCCCAGGAAGUGUGUGCUUCUAAUUGACUUCACUUGUCUCAGUUGAUUCCAAUGGGGUCUCUUGUGCCCAUUUCUUUUACUGUCUAUGGUAACACGGGGCAGUGCAGUCGCCUGUCAAUGACGCUAGUUACCCUUUGUUAGCGCCUUUACUGACGUAGAAAACACAUGACUGAGUAACAGUGUUGUGGACAAAGGCUUAGUAGUGUCUAACGUCCAGCAAACUACUAGCUUGCUUAAAGCUGUUCCUUAUUUACUUUUUCUUGCACGUUUUAUGGUGGACUGUGUUACUUAUUUAUGGAACAUAAUUACUGUUUACCAUCUGCCCCUGGUUCUGUCGACAAGGACAGCUCCCGUAAACGUAAGCGUACGGGUCAACCAGAUGACCCAAGAAGAGUUUGGGACAAGAGGAGAGAAAGAGCGAGGAUCAAUAUCGGUGUUGCAUUUUCUAGAUGGAGAGAGCUUCGCGAAAAUCUCCAACUAGAACGAGAUGCCGAUCUCGCUUGUGUUUUACUCGAAAGCUUUCCCACCUGGAAACGUCUCCAAACAAAGCGGCGUCGCAUGUCUUGGGUAGCAUCACUAAGAAAGAAAACCAUCACCUUCAACAACAUUUCCCAAAACACGCUCGUUUGUUCACGUCAUUUACACAAAGGCAAACCCGCCGAUGAAAUGCUGGACUGCGAUCCUGACUGGGUACCAUCAUCACAUCUCAGGCACACAGAAGUUAAAGCAACACACUCAGUGCAGUUUAACCGGAGUACAAGGAGACUGCAAGCUGUCACAGGGGAUCAUGCUGCACCUGCACCAUUAGAUGUAGCUGGCCAGACGGAUGAAGCUUCGUCAGCAGAUGAUGCUUCACAAAUGGAUGACACAGACUCAAAUGAAAACACUGCAGAACAGCAGGAAUGCCAUCUUUGUAGCUGCAGGCGUGCUGAAUAUAAACGUUUGCUGGAGGAGAACAGGAGACUGAAGGAAGAGCUCGCCCAAAAGAGAAUGGAUGAGGAUUCUUUUAAAGAUGAUGAUGCAAAGGUGAAGUACUACACUGGGCUUCCAUGUCUAGCACUUCUGAUGGGUGUGCUGACACAGCUUCUUCCCUGUCUGCCACAGACCGGCCGAAAACUCUCACCUUUUCAGAUGCUCCUUUCAACACUGAUGCGCCUCAGGCUGAAUCUCCCAAUUCAGCACAUUGCAUACCUCUUCUCUGUGGAUCGAAAGACUGUGUCCACAACAUUCAGAGAUACCAUAGGCUCAAUGUUUAGUCAUCUCAAACCCUUGGUGCACUGGCCAGAGAGACAUUGCUUGCAGGCCACCAUGCCACAUCACUUUGUAGAGGCUUUUGGGAGUCAAGUAGCAGUUAUUGUGGACUGCUUUGAAAUUCGCAUUGAAAGAGCUUCAAAUCUCAAAGCUAGAGCACAGACAUUAUCCCACUACAAACAACGGCACACCCUUAAAUAUCUCAUUGGUAUUACACCACGGGGAUCUAUCUCUUUCAUUUCCCAAGGGUGGGAAGGUGAUGUCAGUGACAAGCAUGUGACUGAGAAUAGUGGCCUUCUUAAUAAACUAUUGCCUGGGGACUUGGUGUUGGCAGAAUGUGGAAUGGACAUCAAAGACAGUGUUGGACUCGUGUGUGCAGAAGUGAAAAUACCUGCAUCCACAAGAGGAUGCAGCCAGCUGGAAGCUAAAGAUGUGGAGGAAACACGCAAGAUAGCUCACCUCAGGGUUCAUAUGGAGAGGAUGAUUGGAUGUGUACGCACAAAGUACAACAUACUCAAUGGAAUUGUACCAGUCAGCAUGGUACUCCCAUGUCAAGGUGAAGACAUGACCUUCCUGGACAAGAUCGUGACUGUAUGCUGUGCCUUGACUAAUAUGUGCCCCAGCGUUGCCAUGAAACCAUAAACUAGGGCUGUCAAAAGAUUUGAUCACCAUUAAAUCAGAUCCAAAAUAAAAGUUUGUGUUUAUCAA